AUGCUUCACAUCGCCAAUCUUAUAUUAUCCCUCCUCGUGAGGCAUKCGCUUUCCCAGCUGCUUGACCCUUUAAGCAACUUCUGCCGUCGAUUUGGCCACCAGACGACUGUCAUCGAUGAAAAGCUUUAUAUCGACGGCGGACUAGUCGCUUAUGGCGKCAGUAUAGAUUCCAACACGGCCAAUUAUACCAACAGCUACCUCCUUUACGAAGACCUCAAUACUGUGAAUAACAACAGCUUUCCGGUCCAGAACAAAGACUUGCACAAGCCUGCGAAUGUGCCAUCGGUGCAAGGCGGGGCGCUCUGGGCCGACCAAGCGAACAAGCUGUUCUAUCUUUUUGGCGGAGAGUACAACUGGACGACGCCGCCGCCAACAAAGUACACGUUGUGGUUCUUCGAUGUCAUAUACAACACAUGGAACACUACCCCUACAGACCCGUCGGCGGGUGGCAUCUCACCCGCUGCAUUUGGAGCAAGCACUGUAGACGAUAUCAGAGGCACGGGAUACUACUAUGGCGGUUGGAGAUCCAACGCUUCUGAGCUCGGUUUCAAUGGCGACGCAAUGAUGCAUUCAAGCCUCGUGACCUACGACAUGACUGGCAACAAAUGGAGAGCAUCGGUCUUCAUAGACAAUAUUCCUCGUGCGGAAGGUGCCCUGUUCUACAUUCCGGCUUCAGACAAGGGCAUGCUGGUGUACUUUGGCGGCAUACAGAAUACGACCAACACUUCUACUACGACUGGGGUACCUAUGGAUACUGUAUAUCUCCUUGAUAUAGGAUCGCAAACGAGCUUCAGUCAACGAACAUCGGGCGGCYCACCCUCAAUGAGGAGAAGAUUCUGUGGCGGUGCCACCUGGGCUGAUGAUCGAUCGUCGUAUAACAUCUAUAUUUAUGGCGGCGCACCCCCCUACGACGAAGAGGGAUAUGGGUUCAACGAUGUCUGGAUUCUGUCAAUUCCAUCCUUCACAUGGACUAUGUGGUUCAACGAUUCGACAAAUGGACAUCACUCACUGAGCUGUAAUAUCGUCAACGAAGGCCAAAUGAUGCUGAUGGGAGGCUGGUUCCCGAAUUCGACAAACAAUGCUUGUGAUGUUCCUGAUAUCUGGGGCCAGCAUAAUUUGAACUUGGGCAUGAACAACGUUCUAGGGGUUCCUUGGUAUCAAUACCUUCCGAACCUCACGCAUUAUAGUGUGCCACCAAACAUCACCAAGGUCAUUGGUGGCAGCGGCGCAGGAGGAGCAACCCUAACAACCCCAAAAGGAGGGUUCGACAACAACGACCUCCGCACAUACCUGGGAAGACUAGCUCCCACGGAUUCGCGAGCAGCAACCCGCGACAUAUCUAAACCUUCACCAAAUCACUCCAACAAGAACAACGUCGGAGCGAUAGCAGGCGGAGUCCUAGGCAGCCUAGCAGCCCUCGCUCUCCUCAUCCUCCUAGCCCUCUUUUGCCUCCGCCGCCGUAAAAGGGCUCUCGCCGUACCCCCACACUCCCCUUCCCAAACCGGCAAGCAGCCCCUUGCUUCGCCUGAUCUCCCCCACGACAAUCAGCGGGCAGUCUUCACGCCCAAGAACCCCAGUUCCCAAACGUCUCAACAGAAUUCUCCUCCGCCUCCUUCGUGGCAGCCUGUGCCUAUGGAAUACAUUCCCCAGUAUCAGCAGAGAUUCAUUGAGGAUCUUCCGCGACAACACUAUCCCCCUCCACUGCCUAUUCCGUAUUAUCCACCACCGGGUCUGCCGCAGCAAUAUGAUCAGCAGUUGACGCCACAGCAAUAUGAGCCUAUGGCCCCGAGUUAUGAGUUGCCGAACGUGAGGAGUCCGCCGAAUGCUGGAGACGGAGGAGGGUUCGGAGGUACAAGGUCUUUUGGGAGUCGGAGGACGGCAAGUGCUCAUGAGAGGAUUAACGAAGAAUAA